CAAAGACUCACAACACCAAAGACCCAAUGUGCAUCCCUUGCUGCUGCGACGACGGCCCCGGACCUGACGGGUGCUGCGAUCUGUGCGGCCCCGGCCCCUGCUGCGACUGCGGAGGCCCUUGCUGCGGAGACUGCUGCGGAGACUUGGACUGCUGCCUCUGCGGAGCUCUGACUGCCUGCUGCUGCUGCGGAGGUGGCGGUCGCGACCGCCAUGACCGAGGCCCUCCUCCGCCCGAGAGCGUUGUGUACGUGAACCCCGUGGUUGUUCAGGGAGGCCCUCCCCCGCCGCCGCCCCACCGCGGCUACUACUGAGCUGAGCGUGAAGAGCUUAGAGAAACGAAGGGAUCAAGAGAAGCUGAACGCGAUUCCAGCCACGACCACCUACCACUGCGUGUGUACACUAGAGCAGCUCAAACGGAAGCUCCCCCACUCGUGAAUCCACGAAAUAUAAGCGUUGAAA